AUGGAAGACCACUAUUCACUUUCUCUUUUACAGGUUUUCAAUUCUUCUCCAUUUUUGUUUUCCAAUAUUCUUUUAAGCAUUCACAUGGCUCGCCCAAUCGAUUAUGUGAAGGACAUCAAUGAGUCGAAUGAUUUGUGGAAGAUUGUAGUUAGUUGUAAGCAUAUAUGGUCUGUAACAAGUUCUUCAGACAAAGAACACAUAGAGAUGCGUGAUAUGAUUCAAGCCAUUGUCUGUACUUAUUUGGUUUCCAAAUUCAAGUCCGAAAUUGCAGCUGGAAACCUUCCUGACAUUCCUGCUUACUACCUUAACCUUCUUAGAUUGGAUGCCAUAGUUGAAGGAAGGUUUCAGUCUAAUGUUUUGGUUGAUAUUCUUGGAGGUAUUACUGAGUUUUCUCAAUCUCAAAUAAAUGGAGACAACAACAAAAACAGGGUUGUUUUUACAAUUGCUGAUACCAAUAAAUCUGAUGUACAAUGUACGCUUUGGGGUCAACUUGCGGUACAACUUUAUGAAUAUUAUAAGAAUAAUAAGGAAGAUUCCAAUAUUGUCAUUGUAUUAAUCAUUACAAGGGUUAAAGAAGCUCAAGGAGGUUUUCCUGUGAGUGUUUCCAACACGUGGAACGGAACGAAGUUGUUGAUUAAUGACCUUCGUUUUGAUGAAGUUAAGAAACUGAAAGAAAUUCUUGGAAAUGAUUUAGUGUUGUUAUCAACAUCAAGUCUGCAAGUUAAAGCAACCCAAAACUCAUAUUAUUCUGACUUUGACAAAUUUCUUUGGAAAGCUGAAAUAAUUAGUCUCUCUGAGAUUACAAAUCUGCAACAUUUUGAAGCUGGCCAGAUGGGAUGGUUUUAUGAUGGAUGUGUGGAAUGCACCCGAAGUGUGGCUCUAAAGGAUGGAAAGCUGCAGUGUUAUGCAACACAUGUAAGCUCAGAGCCUGUGCCAAGGUAUAAGCUUGAAGUAUUGGCUGUUGACGGUAAUUCCAAGGCGAAGUUCAUCUUUUGGGACACCGAUUGCGUGAAGUUAAUUGUAAAGUCUGCUCUUCAAAUGAAAAUGGAUUUGAUAGAGGCCAGUGAUUACGAUCCACUCGAAUUCCCUUACGAACUUGAUUCAAUACUGAAAAAGGAGUUUGCAAUUAUAGCUGUAUUUCAGCCUAAGAAUGUCCGACUUUCUGUCAUAGGCUUCAAAAAUGAUGAAGACUAUCGUAAGAAAAUUAAGGACAGUUUCAAAGGCGAGGAGCACACAUCAAAACUUGAAACACCUGAUCCUUUGUCCCAGGAUGAUAUAAUCAGUUGGUCUGAACCCGUAUCUACAUCUGCAGAUUAA